CAAGAUGGCGGCGGAUGAUCGUUCGAUGGUCUUGAGGAUAAAACGUAAAAGAACAGAAGAUCCUCUGGAUGCACUGCUUGUCGCGCAGGUCUUAAAGAAACCCUAUAUUGCAAGGAACGAAGACUGUGAAAAAGAUGCUACGUAUUUUAAGAACAAUGAGUCAACAUCUACUGAUACCGUUGAGCGAGUUUUCAAGUUUGUCGGGAGUGUACCUCAGGGAGAUGAAACUAAAAGAAAAGAUUUGCUGACUAGGAUUAAACAGUCUAUCAACCAUGAAGACUUGGCUAAAUCCCAUAUCCAAACUCAACAAGCUUUACAAGACAGGUUGCGGAAACAGAAGAAGCUUCUGAAUCAGGAGGCCAGGUUUAAAGUAAUUUCCUCAAACAGGGAAAAUGAACAUGGAUCUACCAGCCAACCAGAAAGUAAAGGGGACCUAACCAAGGUGGAUGCUGCAUCAGGUGGAGCUGCUGAUGAUGUUGAUCUUGAGGUGCAGAGGCUUCUAAGUGUAUAUGACCUUGUUAAAGAUCAGGAAUCAAUGAGUGAAAAGAGACGAGAAGAAAGAAAAUCAAGGAAGGCACAGCAAGCUGCUGAUGUUAAUGCAAUACUUUGCAACUCAGUUAAGAUGAUUCGAGAAAAGUUGGCAGUGACUGAUGAUUCUUCAAAAGAAAGAACCGAGCAGAAGAAAUCAGAAGCAAAUGGAUAUGUGUAUGAUUUUUAUUAUGCCAAUGAUAAUCUUGGACAGCUUGGUGAUAUAGUUGAAGUUUUGCCUUUUGAUGCUGACCUUGUUCAUGAAAGUCUUGAUGAAGAUUUUGGUGAAAUAUAUGACGAUGAAGAUGAUUCUAAUGACGAAGGAAACUGGCGAAAUGAUUAUCCUGACGAAGAUGAUCAAUGGUCAGAUUCAUCCCAGGACAAAAGAUAUUACGAAGAUUACGGAUUUAAUUCUGAUGAAGAAUAUCGAAGGUAUGCUUUCGACGAAGAUCGGUCGGACGAAGAUCGGUCUAACGAAGAGGACGACUAAACCCGGUGUAGCUCACAUUAGCAACUCACAUCGCUGUUACACCCAACGGAAAGACCGUGCGCGACAUGCUGUGGAUUUUUGCCUGCUCGCGCAAAGUGAAGCGAACUAUUUGCAUCCUAGUAUGAAUGCUGUGGAAAGCGUUCUUGGAUAAAGUGAUGAGAGGUAAAAAUAUCGGAACAGAUUUAUGCAAAGAGGGCUUAGCAAAGUUAUUUCCAUCUCAAUCAGGGGUAGAGUUACGAUAGGUAAGUAGAAUGGAUAGCCUAAGGAAAAAAAGAUCGGCCGACAAGGAAAUAUGAACUGAGUUAAUGAAAAUUAGUUGUUCGGUUGCAUCCCGGUUGAAUUGCUUCAGAGCUAGCUUUUGUUUCAAUACCAAUUGCACGCCAAACAAAAUGUAAAUGCAAUGAUAUAUUCGCCAUUGAAGAGAAGUUAUUUUGGUUUAACAUUUGUGACAGAAUUUCCAAGUUGUAUUGUCCGAACUUGAAAUAAAUGUCAGAGGCUUUGAGUCAA